UCUUGCCGAGCAGCGAGGGCUGGCGCCCAAGCGCUCCUCCCUCGCCAAUCUAGACCACCUCACCGAGAACAGAACCCAUCAGGGGAUUUGCUUGGAUGCCUCCCAGCUGCCGGUGCCCGAUGGCCACAGGCUUCUGGCUGCAUCUGAAUCCAGCGGGGUCCUGAACGAUCGUCUCUGGGUCCUUAUGGAUAGGAUUCAGGACCCGAUGAACUUUGGCGCCGUGUUGAGGUCCUCGUACUACUUCGGGGUGCAGAAGGUCUUCACGACAAGGACGGAUAGCUGUCGCCUGUCUCCUGUCGUGAGUAAGGCAAGCUCGGGGGCUCUUGAGGUCAUGGACCUGUACUCGUUGCAAACUCCAGCAGAGUUUCUGCAGGCGCUCAAAGCAAAGGGCUGGUGGGUCGUGGGCACGGCCGGAGUGAAGCAGGACGGACCAUUUGAAGGAGGGCCGAGGAGCGAUCUGCCCUGGGUGCUUCCUCCGCCGGACAAGCCCGCCAUCCUCAUUGUUGGCAAUGAGAACCAAGGCAUGCAUCCCGAGCUGGGGGCUGUUUGCGACAGCGUGUUGUCCAUCUCUCCUGCCGCCUCGAGCGAUCUGAUUGGCUCACUCAACGUCUCCGUAGCUACAGGCAUUGUGCUUCACGAACUUGCAAGGGGCAGGACAAAGUGACAGGUCGUCAGAUUGCCAAAUCAGUAGCCAUGGGGUAAGCAGUCAUGGAAACUGACGAGUGCAGCGGCCAAUGGGAGCCCCGUCGACGUGCGCCAGCCAGUGGAACCGAAGGCAGUCGCGGAAACUAGGUGCCGUUUUCGCACUUCAAACUGAUGACAUCAGCUCGCUCCAUGGACAGUUAAUGCUUUUGCAUUAAAAUAUAGUUGGUCGUAGCUUUUGACUGGCG